GCUCAAAUGAUAGAGCACCAGCUGUGGGAAAAAAGGCAAAUGAGUAGGAGGACAUGAGUUUAAGCCCGAUACCUACACGUGUAUACACACACACACACACACACAAUAGUGCAGGGGAGACGCCAGUCAGAAAGAAACCAUAGUAACCAUUCUAAGCAGCCUGAGAUUUAGUUCAGGGAGCUAGAUGAUUACAGGUUAGAAGGUCAGCAGGUCCUACCCCAGAUCUGCUGCUGAGCAGGAAAUGGAGCUCAGUGGUAGAGAUCUGGCCGGGUGUUCAUGGGGCCCUGGGUUUGCUCCCUAGCACUGCAAAGACACAAGAAAUGCUACAGCGGCCGCUGUAACCAAGUAUUGGUUCUGUGCGUAAUAUGUGGAACAAAUCAAAUGCAGUAUUGUGGAAUGUGGGAUCCACACUGGGUAGAAACUGAAGGCGGGAUGUGAAGGGCUAGUAAGACGUGUGCAAGUGUUCCUUCCAGUCACACGUCUUGGUUUUUGAGUCGUAUCCCAGCUCUACCCCGUUUGCCCCACUCCCCGCGGGACGCCCUGAGGGUCAGACCAACGCUGGGUGCCAAGGACUACUUGUGGAGCUGGAGACAGCCCUGUCCCCCGUGAGGAUGGCCGACUGGGGCCACACCAGAGCCGUAGUCGGGAGCGUGGAGAUCGUCUUAGGAGCUGCUGGCAAAAAGGCGACUGAAGCCCGAAUCUCCGAGGAUGAAGAUUCACCUAAGGCGAUGUCGGACAGUGUCACCGUGAUGGAGCCCCCCGCCCCCGAGUCUGGGGAAGCCCGUGAGUCCAGGCUGGGGAGCCCAGAGGGACAGAGCCCGGGGAGCUCCCUCUCACAGGGAGAGGGCUUCGGGCAGGGGACGGUGACCCGCUGGAAAAUCCAGACAGGAGGCACAGCCCAGGUAUGUGCUAAGUCAGGAAGAAACUCUCUUCUGAACUCCAGCCUUCUUAGACUUCAAAGGGAUUUUAUAGAAGGUGAGGUGCAUUCCUGUGGCAUUUGUGGUAAAAGCUUCCCAUUCAGUUCAGAUCUAGUUAGACAUCAAAUCUCUCACGCCGGGGAGAAGCCUUACCCACGCAGUCCGUGUGGGAGAGGUUUCGGUCAGAUGUCGCCCCUCGCCGACCACCAGAGCGUCCACGCGGGAGACGGACUGUGUGUGUGUGACGUGUGUGGGAAAGACUUCACUCACUACACCAGCCUGAUGGAGCACGAGCAGGUUCACGCGGGGGAAAAGCCGUUCAAGUGUUCGCAGUGUGGAAAAGCGUUUUGCCAUAGUUCCGACCUGCUCCGGCACCAGGGGGUUCACACCAGAGAGCGGCCUUUUGAAUGCAAAGAGUGCGGGAAAGGCUUCAGUCAGAGCUCCUUGCUCAUCCGCCACCAGAGAAUCCACACGGGAGAAAGGCCCUACGAGUGCAACGAGUGCGGCAAGUCCUUCAUCCGGAGCUCCAGCCUUAUCCGCCAUUACCAGAUCCACACCGAGGUGAGGCAGUAUGAGUGCAGAGACUGCGGGAAGGCCUUCCGCCACCGCUCCGACCUCAUCGAGCACCAGCGGAUCCACACCGGGGAGAGACCCUUCGAGUGUCGCGAGUGCGGAAAGGCCUUUAUUCGGAGCUCAAAGCUUAUUCAGCACCAGAGAAUCCACACCGGGGAACGGCCCUAUGUGUGCCAUGAGUGCGGCAAGCGCUUUAGCCAAACGUCCAACUUCACCCAGCACCAGAGAAUCCAUACGGGGGAGAAACUCUAUGAGUGUAACGAGUGUGGGAAGGCCUUCUUCCUGAGUUCCUACCUCAUCCGACACCAGAAGAUCCACACUGGGGAGCGGGUGUAUGAGUGUAAGGAGUGCGGGAAGGCCUUCCUGCAGAAAGCCCACCUCACGGAGCACCAGAAGAUCCACACUGGGGAUAGGCCUUUUGAGUGCAAAGACUGUGGGAAGGCCUUCAUCCAGAGCUCCAAGCUGCUCCUGCACCAGAUCGUCCACACGGGGGAGAAGCCCUACGCGUGCAGUUACUGUGGGAAGGGCUUCAUACAGAGGUCCAACUUCCUCCAGCACCAGAAGAUGCACACGGAAGAGAGGCUCUAUGAGCGCGCUGCCCGGCCCCCGCCCCCCGCCUUGGUCCAACAGGAAGGGCUUCCCCUGGGCGAGGCCGCCUUCCGUUUGGGCGAGAGGGUCACAGAUCCGGAGGCUCCGGCGGGCGGCUUAGAAGGCAGCCACUCCCCCAGUCCGUGAUGCGGUUGGGGACGGGGUGGGCUCAGCCUGCCCCCAGGGCCUGUGCCAGGGACCAGUUAGCUUUCCUGGAGCUGAGGUGUGAGGCUGGGGGUUUGCAAGAGCAGGUUUUUAGAUUGUAUGCACAGUGACAGCACUCGAGCCGAAUGCUGCCGGGCAGAACUGUAUUUAUCUUCCUGUCGUGGAGGAGGAGGCGGCCUUCCCGCUGACGUGGACCGAGGUGCUUCCCUUGGCCGCCCCAGCCCUGCCCCGCGUCCUGCAGCUUUGCCUCCUCGCUGGCUCAGCUCCCGGCCACACGGCUGCUGCGGAUGCCGGUCACAUGCUCUCCACAGCCCCCCCCCGCCCCCCUCCUCUCCACGCCAGCCUCGUGAGCAUCCCGCCCAGGUGCUCAGCCGUGCGGGCGGUCUUCAGAUGCUUCCUGCUUAACCCUCUCCGUGUUUCUUUUGAAAUACCAGAAUUAUGACUUGCCUCAUUUCUGGUUCGUGUCCCCAGUGACUAGCACAUAGCAACAAAAGACACCCCAAAGUCUGUAACUGGCAUCUUUUGUUCCUUUUCCAGACGGUGUCACUGUGUAGCCAGGCUGGCAUUACAGGGGUGGCACCGUGCCAGGCUUGGGGGCCCUUGGCUUAGCAUCGGUGAUGUCUGUCCUUCCUAAUAGAGCUGCUCAGCCACCCGUCCAACCCAGUGCCCCCCGCCCCCCCCCGCCGUGUCCAGCGGCAGCCCUGGCCGUGCACCGCCCUCAGGCCUCGUCCUCACUCAAGGAUGCACACCAGGUGCGGCGCGUGUGUCCGUCGUACCAGCGCCAAGAUCGUUUCCGCUCUCGUCUCUUCUGCCUCCGGCUCGCGUCUCCUGCCGAGAUCUACAAGGAGCAGCGGUGCAGCUGUGGAAGAGGAGGAGCCAGGCGCCGCCCACCACACAGACGUGGGCCAGCGGGUUCCAGGCUCCCCGCGGUACGGGGCACGCAGGCGGGUGUGGCCUCACGGGAGAGGCGGCCUUCACACAAUCAGGAGGAGGGGGUGAGAGCAGGCGGGGUUAGGCCACAGCCCCUCCCAUCCGGCAAGGCCGCUCGUCUUUGCCUCUGAGCACCAACCACCAGCUUUGAGAUGAUGUAAGUCUUGUCUAUAAUGGCAUAAUUUAAGGUGUUUGACUUUUGGUCAGUUACGGGAUUUGAACUUGGUGCCUGGGUGCUGUCCCUUCGCUCCUUUGCUCAAGGCCCUCCAUCUACCACGUUGAGCCACAGCGCCACUUUGUGGUUUUCUG